UCGCCGCCGGCCGCCGCUUUGCGCGAGUUCGUCGUCGUCGUCGACCAGCCGGUGUCAGCGGCGGCGGCGGUCCGCUCGCCCCUACCCGGGGAGUCUCUCCGAGGUUCCGCAGGCCAUGAUGGCGUCGUCGGAGCGGCAGCCCAGUGCGUCCGUGCAGGGGGAGAUCCCCCGGGACGCGCUGUUCGAGGUGCCGGUGCGGCUCCCGGCCAAGGACCUCUGCCGCCUCCGUGCCGUCUGCCGCUCGUGGCAAACCCUAACCUCCGACCCGCUCUUCGCCGCGGCGCACAAGGGCCGCCACCACAGGGACCCGCUCCUCGCCGUCGACUACCGGGACUGCAACAAUGGCCACGGCGUCGCUAUUGUGGAUUUGUCGGGCAAGGUCCUUAAGCGGAUUCCAAGCAGUGAGGUUGACAUUGUUGUGAAGAACAAGUCCGGCGAAGUCCUUGUAAUGAUCCCAAGUACAGAUGAUUCUAUCAUUGUGCUGUGCACCUGUCUCGACGUCGUCUGCUUCACCAGAAAGUUCCACCCCAUGACCCUCUGGGCGCUUAACCCGGCCACCGGGGUUACCCUCGAAUUGCCGAAGAGCCACUCAGAUAAAAUUGCGGCUAAGAAACGGGGGUUCUGCUAUGGCAAAGUAGAGUCUUAUGCUUUUGGGAAAAUAUCUUCCAUGGGAGUGUACAAGGCGCUCCACAUCGUCAAAUUUCUCCUACCUGAUAUGCAGCUGUUUGAGGUUAUCACCGUUGAUGGCACCAACCAAGGCAUGUGGAGGACAAUACAAGGCCCUCCAGCACUCAUCUGUUCUCGUGAAGAGAUGAAUCCUGUGGUCAUUGAUGGGGUGGUAUAUUUAUUGAUGGAUUUUCAUGCAUCUUAUGUGCAAACCGGGGCGAUGACUGUUGAGCCAGGCAGUGUAGUUCUAUUCAACUUUGAGACGGAGAAGUGGAUGGGGACACUCCGGGGUCCGGAAGGGGUGCGGAGGUAUGUUCAGGACAGCGGAGACAUUGGCCUUAAGAUGCAGUUGUCGUUAAUUGAUUCAAAUGGCUGCUUAGUUGUAGUUCAUAAUAUUCAUCUUAUCUGCAUGGACUUCUGGUUUCUGACAGAUUCUGAGGAAGGCCUCUGGGUUAAAAAGUUUAGCUUGCCUUCUUUGUUUGCCAGACCUUCUGUAUAUCCUUUGGUGGUAUUAGAUGAUGGAAGGGUCAUUUUUAGGCAUGGUGAAAAUGGUACAAUAGGAUCUGUAGUAAGUUAUGAUUCAAGAACUGGCAGUCAUGGUACUGUUUUUCAGCUUAGCCGUUCAAGUUCCAGACACUUUGCUACGUACACAGGAAAUCUACUGAGUUCAUCAAGUCGUUGUUACUGAUUAGGUCCCUUUUGAAGUGGGUAACAGAUUAUUGAUGAAUUGAUCUGAUGCUCCUGGCCAGGACGUUUUGGAUUCUUAAGGAGAAAGUAUAUUUGAGAGAAUGUUGAUGGUAUUUGUAGACAACUGGAUAAUGAUGCGCUCAUUUGUUGGUCUUUGUUGCAUCUUCAUCUCAAGUGCACGAAGGAAGCUUAAAAGUUAUCUCUGAAAACUAAGGCCUACCAACUGAAGGAAGGUUGAAGGACACUCGCUUGAAGCUCUUUCUGUUAUAUCUUGCAUCCAAUCAAAAGUGCAAGUACACUGAACCGACUUAUAACGGUUCUGAUAUUAGUAGUUCGAAAAACCAUUUGAUUUAGCACUAUGAAUCAAAUAGCUUAUCUGGAGCUUAAUGCACUAUGAACGUCAGUAACGGACAUCAAUUAGACGAUAAAAUAAUUAUGUUCAUCUUUGUGACUUUCUUGUUCACUCGUUACCCCUUGUAGAUCACUUGGGGUUUAUGAGGGCACAACAAAUUCCUGAUGAAUUGGAUGCUCCUGGCCAUGCCAUGUUGGAUUCUCAAGGAGAAAAGAUAUUUGACAAAAAAAAGGGCAUUUCUGACAAGGGAUGAUGAUGAUGUCUUUAUUUGUGCGCGUCUUUGUUGCAUCUUCAAUUAGGUCUUGUUUAG